AUGACACUCCAAUACAUACUUCUGUUCCUUUUGGCAGUCACUCUGGUAUCUGCGUACCAAGACUUUACCAUUAUUACAAGGCUUGGAAAUGUAACUGGCUUAAAAAUUCCUACAACAAAGGGUGACAUCUUCAGAUUCACAGGAAUUCCUUUUGGCAAAGCACCAGUUGGUAGCCAACGUUUCCUCAAACCUCAGCCAUAUGGUUCCUGGAAUAGAACCCUCGAUGCGACAAAAAUAGGACCUGCUUGUCUGCAAUCAUUCACCCGCGCUAGAGCAUUUCAUAAUUAUUUUUCAGAAGACUGUCUUCAGUUGAAUAUAUAUGUUCCUUAUAAUAUUACUCAAGAUAUGAAGAGAAGCGUUAUGGUUUUUAUUCAUGGCGGGGCAUACAUGGCCGGAUCAGGUUUUUCACACGAUGGUUCUAGGAUAGCCACCCAUGGUAAUGUAAUUGUUGUGACAAUAAAUUACCGCCUGGGUAUGUUUGGUUUUCCAUCUUUACAAAACUCUGGAGUUGUUGAAAAUCUGGGAUUAUGGGAUCAGAUAUUAGCUUUGCAGUGGAUCAAAGACAACAUAGAUGAUUAUGGUGGAGACCCGUCUGAUGUAACAAUAUUUGGGCAAUCAGCUGGUGGAUAUUCCGUCAACUUUUUAAUGCUAAUACCUCUUAACAAGGGUCUUUUCCAUCGUGCAAUCAGUGAAAGUGGCGGUGCAAAUUCUUUAAUUGCUUUCAAAAAAUCGUCUACUGUAGGACGUCUGAUAGGAAAGAACUCUGGUUGUAAUGAUCAAGACCAAUCGAAAUUCUUACAAUGUUUGCGACAUCUUGACGCUGGUGUCAUCGUUAACAAAACUGAUGAAUAUUCUGCAACGCUUGGAAUUGACUAUUUUUCUGAAGGUUUAUUUACCCCGGUGAUAGAUGGUGACUUACUUCAAAGAACACCCAUGGAAUUGAUUGAAGAUAAGUCUUCGAAAGAAUUCCAGUUCUUUCAAUCAAUUGACUUUAUAGGAGGCACAUGUGAUAUGGAGGGAGCUUUUGUUUUUCUCGUUGGUAAAGCUUUCGAAAGAGAAUUUAAUUUCAAUAUGUCAGAUGGAAUUCCAAAACGAUUUCUUUGUGAUGGGUUAAUACCAGCACUUGUUGAAACUAACUAUGAAAAUAGUUCAUCAAUUUCUGAACUAAUAUGUCAAAAAUACACAAGCAAAGACAAGAUUACGCAAAGUUAUAAUGUUGUACAUUAUUUGACCGAUUAUUCGUUUCUUAUACCAACAAUAAACAUGUUGCAAGCUCAUGUCUCAAGUAAAUCUUCCUCAACUUAUCAAUUCAUAUUUUCGCAAGAAGAACGGAUGCUUUAUCCCGGUUUGCCGUCCUGGUUUCAUGGAACGGGGCAUGGAUCUGAGUUGAUGUUUCUCUUUGAUGUUGGAGAUCUUAUUGCCUUGUCUCCUACUCUCUCUGCGAAGCAAGCGGCAUUCUCAGUACAGCUAAUUGAGUACUGGACAAAUUUCGCGAAAACAGGAAAUCCAAAUAGUCCUCAUAAGGCAGACUGGUUACCAUAUCUCAGUAACACAGAAUCAUACAAACAACUGAGGAUAGGGAAUAUGACGAAUGGAAAUCAUUACAGAAAGGACUAUGUCAAACUGUGGAACAAGGUCAACAGUUAUGAAUUCCCAACCUCAGCUGCAGAUGCUAUACAAUCUGGAAUGAUUCUUUUUGGGAGUGGACUUUUUUACACAUUAAAAUUGUUUCUCUGAGUUCCUAUAGAUU